AUGGAGAACGAGCCUAAUAUGAUUAAAAAAGACAUGACUAAGAGUGAGCAACAAUGUGAGGAGUUUUUUAACUCGACGACUGUGAGAGAUGACGAUGGUAGGCUUGUAGUAAGACUACCAUUCGCAACUGAGGACCCUAAGUGUCAAUAUGGCAAUUCUAAGGAAAUUGCUAUCAAGAGAUUAGAGAUUUUAGAGAGAAAAUUAAUGAGAGAACCUAAACUUAGAGAAGAGUAUAACAAGGUCAUGGAAGAAUACCUAAGCCUUAAUCACAUGAGGGCAGUAAGUGAGAGAGAGUUAGAGAAUCCGAAGGCUGUGUAUCUUCCUUUCCACGCUGUGAUUAGGGAGGACAAGGAGACGACAAAAUUUAGAAUUGUAUAUAAUGCUUCGAGUAAGGGAGUCAACAAUGUUUCCCUUAACGACGAUCUCCUUGUCGGCCCUAAACUACAACAAGAUUUGAGACACAUUUUAAUGAGAGCUAGAAGUCACAAGAUCUGCCUUGUCGCAGAUAUCAUUAAGAUGUACAGGAUGAUUCGUGUAGCUGAGGAGGACACGGAUUUCCAGAGAAUCGUUUGGCGAUUUAAGUCAGACGCAUCAGAGCCAAUACAACACUACAAGCUUUUGAGAUUGACAUUCGGGACAGCUUGCGCGCCUUAUUUGGCCGUUAAGUCAUUACAAAAGCUUGCCGAGUUAGAAGAGAGUAAGUAUCCAUUAGCUGCGAGAAUAACAAGACAAGACUUUUACAUGGACGACUUAAUUACUGGAGCUAACACCGAGGCUGAGGCACUAAACAUAUUUGACGAGAUGAAUGAGUUGAUGAGAUCUGGUGGUUUCGAACUUCAAAAAUGGAAUACUAACUCUAAAACUGUACUGAAGAAGAUUGUAGGUAAUAAAGAGGUAUCAGAUCAGACAGUGCACCUAAAACUAAAUAAUACAAUGAAGGUUCUUGGAGUGAGUUGGAACAGAGAUACAGAUAAUUUUGAAUAUACAUUAAAUUUAUCCAAUGUUCAAGAACCUAUUACUAAGAGAAAAGUGUUGUCUGAUGUAGCUAGGUUAUACGAUCCCCUGGGGUGGAUUGCUCCAGUCGUGGUUGUUGCCAAAAUCUUCAUCCAGAAGUUGUGGAAGUCGGGUCUAGAAUGGGAUUGCCCAUUGACAGAAGAGUUGGUGAGAGAGUGGCUGUCGUUCAGAGAGGCAUUGGUAGAUCUUAAGCAGCUGGCUAUACCAAGAUGGCUAAACGCCACGCCGAGCUCAAAGAUCGAAUUGCACGUUUUUGCAGACGCUUCAAAGUCAGCGUUUGCAGCAGCGGUCUACAUGAGAGUGACUGAUGAACUAAAUGGUGUACAUGUACAUCUGAUAACAGCUAAAACAAAAGUAGCCCCGACAGAGAGAGAAAUUUCCAUCCCGAGACUUGAGCUGUGUGCUGCCGCCUUAGCAGCGAAACUUAUAUUUGAAGUUGCACAGGUAAUGGACGUACCUAAAGAGAACCUACACGCCCCGAUCACGGAAGAAAGAAUGAGCGCGCCGCGCGGGGCCCAGAUGAUAAUGGAAUGA